AUGGCGGACGCCCCCCACGAGAUCGAGCACCAGUACCUCGACUUCGACACCCCGUUGCCCUACCCCGUGGGGAUCUCGUGUCCACGGGAUGGCCAGCGGGAUCCACCCCCGGCUCCCAACCUCGCCAAGUAUGGAUCCCCCUUCUCUUGGUCCGAAUCCCGCAAGACUGUCGUCACCAUCAUCUCCUGCGGAGUGACCGCCAUGUCGGCCUACGCCGCGGGUGAAUAUACCCCGCCUGCCAACGAGUUGAUGGAAAAGUGGCAUGUUGGAAAAGUCGUGUAUAAUUUGGGUAUCACCCUGUUCACACUGGGUUUCGGGAUUGCUCCCAUGGUUCUCGCGCCUUUCUCGGAGAUCAAUGGUCGAAGACCCAUCUUUGUCUCAAGUGGGUUGGUCUUUACAGUCUGCUUGAUCGGGUGUGGAGCGACGGAUUCCUUUGCUGGCAUGCUGGUCGCACGGUUUUUCCUGGGUAUUGGUGGAUCCACAUUUUCCACCAUGGUCGGCGGCGUCAUCAGCGACAUUUACCACACCGAGGACCGGAAUGCGCCCAUGUCCUGCUUCUCCGGGGCCGUUCUCUUUGGAACGGGUCUGGGGCCUCUGAUCAGUGGCUUCAUCGCGAAGCGCGCUAGCUGGCGGUGGGUGUUCUACUCGCAAGCCAUCGCCGCCGCCCUCUUUCUCGCCAUCCUCUUUUUCUUCUUGGACGAGACCCGGGGGAGUGUGCUCCUCAGCCGAAAAGCCAAGGCGCUCAACCAGUAUUACGACGCCUUGGAAGACGCCGGGUACCACGGCGUGGUCUUUGGCGCGGAGGACCCGGUGGAGAAGCAGCGGGUGCAGCGCAUCCGGUGGAAGGUCAAGAGUGACGAGGAGCGCGAGAGCAUCGCCAAGAUGAUUUCCAUCUCCUGCUACCGACCGUUCCAUCUCCUGUUCACCGAGCCGGUGGUGUUUUUCUUUUCGCUGUGGGUGGCCUUUAGCUGGGCGGUUCUGUACUUGCAGUUUAGCUCCCUGCCGCUCGUCUAUUCCACGAACUACGGGUUUGACAUUGAACAAUGCGGCUCGGUCUUUGCAGCGGUAUCGAUCGGCUCAUUGCUGGCCACCCCUUUGAGCAUCUAUCAGGAACACCUCGCCAGUCGACUGGGCAAGAUGUCCAGUACCCCCGAGGGACGGCUGUACUUUGCGUGCAUCGAGUCCGUGCUGAUGCCGAUCGGGUUGUUCUGGUUUGGGUGGACAUCGUUCCCGUCGAUUCCUUGGAUUGUCCCAACCCUAGCGGUGGGGUGUUCCACGAUGGGGAUCUUCUCGAUCUAUCUGGCGACGUUCAACUACCUGGCGGACACGUACCAUCGCUAUGCCAGCUCGGCGAUUGCAGCCCAGUCAUUCUGUCGGAAUAUACUGGGCGGGGUCUUUCCCUUGGUGACGGGCUUCAUGUUCACUAACCUGGGGUAUCCGGGCGCCUCGAGUCUGCUCGGUGGGAUUGUAAGUGUGGCUGCGCUAUGA